UGCUUUGGUCUUGGAUAAUGAAUUAAUUGUCCAUCCAUGUCUUCCAUAAGUGGGAAAAAGUUGUCAGAAUCAGCCCUAAGUAUAGCCUAAAUGUGAACCAUUCAGCAGGGAAGCGCACCUGCCAAUCUGUAGGGAAAUAAGAGUCGUUUCCUUGCAUGGCACAAUAGGCGGGGUAAAUGACUGAUGAUCCAAUAAGUUCGGCGCUCAUGCCUCACCCCUCUCAGGACCGCGCCUCCCCAAGGUCUGAAAUGAGUUUCUGCCCCUUUAAGAAGUUACUCUGUCCAGCACAGCUGGGAUUUCAACAAGGACAGAUAGCGCAAUGAAGAGCAGCGUCGACCCGUCAUCAUGUGCACCGGGCUUCCAAGGACUGCCUGUCCGCUGCGACUUAUUGCCCUCUGCAUCCUUCUCUCCCACGCAGCAGCCUAUUUCGGGCUUACUGGUCGCGAGCCCUUGGUUUUCCUGCCUGGUCCAUUUGCCAACGAGCCUCCGAACGGUAAAGCGCACCUGAAGCAAUGCGAGCAGAUGACUUUAACGCGCCGGCAAAAGCGAUUGUGCCGGCGGGAACCGGGGCUGGCGGAGACUCUGAGGGAAUCUGUCCGCCUCAGCCUCCUCGAGUGCCGCUAUCAGUUCCGCAACGAGCGCUGGAACUGCAGCAUGGAUGGCCGUGGAAGCCUUUUAAAACGAGGUUUUAAAGAGACAGCCUUCCUGCUUGCGGUCUCCUCAGCAGCCUUGUCUCACGCGCUGGCCAAAGCGUGCAGUUCUGGACGCAUGGAGCGCUGCACCUGCGACGAUUCUCCUGGUCUGCAGCACCGCGAGGCUUGGCAGUGGGGCGUAUGCGGGGACAAUCUGAAAUACAGCACCAAGUUCCUCAAGAAGUUCUUGGGGCAAAAACGAGUCAGCAAGGACCUGCGUGCCCAGAUAGACUCUCACAACAUUAAUGUCGGCAUCCGGGCGGUGAAGAGUGGACUUAAGACUACUUGUAAGUGUCACGGCGUCUCCGGUUCGUGUGCUGUGAGGACUUGCUGGAAGCAGCUCUCCCCGUUUCAAGACACAGGCCAUCUGCUGAAGUACCGCUAUGACACGGCCGUUCGAGUGCACAGCGUCACUAACUCCGCCACGGGGGAGACGGAGCUGGCGAGCCCUCGUCGCCACAGCAGCACGGUUCCCCGUCCGCGGCCCACUGAGCUGGUAUUUCUGGAGGAGUCGCCCAGCUUCUGCAGGCCAUCACGCUACUCGCCAGGGACGGCUGGCAGAACGUGCUCCAAGGACACCAGCUGCAGCAGCCUGUGCUGUGGACGAGGCUACAACACGGCCCUCCACCUCACCACCCUCUCCUGCCACUGCCAGGUCCGCUGGUGCUGUCACGUCGAGUGUCAAACCUGCCUCCGAGAGGAGGAGGUCUACACCUGCAAGAAACAUUGACAGACCAUGCAAGAAGGAGACUGAGAAGCAGAAAGUGAGGAAGGUUGAGGAUCUACUAGUCAACUAAUGAGAGAUUUGGAAGUGCUUGGAUGUUGUGAUCCAUGUUGUGCUAAGGGGACAUUUUAAGAUCGUACCUGAUUCAGAAUGGCUAAGAUGAGAUGGCUAAAUGGACGAGCGUCUGGGCUCCCACAUGGAGUUCCUAACUAAAGUUCGGGAGGAACAUUUUCAUUUAAUCUGACCAAUCAGCACCUGAACAAGAGUAUACAAACAGUUCUUCUACAAAAUCGAAGUGGAGGUUUGAAAUUUGAAUUGAACCAGUCUUCUCUUUUCUUCUACAGAGAUAAACCAACCUCUCUGGGAAGCCUGCUUUUUGAACAGUCUGUGUUGCACACACGCUUAUGUCAAUGGACUAGUGAUCUGCGACUUUCAAUUAUACUCAAACGAAUAAGUGAGAUGGCAGUCUGCUCACUUAUAAUUCUGACUGCUUGUCUCUCUACCUGCCUAUACUGUAUAUCUCUCUAUUGCUCUGAGAGUCCACAUAUGGCUUCAAAAUAUACUGAAAGUAUGAAGCACUUAUGAAUGCAUUUAUUUGUGAAUAUUAUUGUAGUCUUUUGUUUGUGAGAAAGAAAGUACCAUGUGUCUUUUAUGAUAGUUGUGUUGUCAUGCUUCACAGAUAUAUUACAAAUGGGUGGGGUGGGGGGUGGGGUUAUGGUGAUAAACUGGAAAUUUACUUGGACACAGUCUGCUUUCAUAGACUUUUAAUGAAUGUUAGAGUUGUAUAAUCAGAAAUGUUAUGUUUUAACUCUUGAAUGGCCAUUAAAUGGCUGUAUCUGGUAUAGGAAUGUAUUUAUUGCAAUUAGACAAAACCGAUCAACUGCUGUACCAAGUUCAAGUACACUUACUACAUUACAUUCAUGCAAUUACACUUUUUUUAGUUGAAUUUUUACACAUUGCUGCAUGAUAUCCUGCUUAGAAUGUCAAAAACGCAUGCAUUAGGGAUCGACCUUAACAAUGUGUGUCAUUACAGCAUGACCCAAACAUAACCUCUCCCUACAGCUGCAUACAGUAUGUGCAAACAUCUGGGCUGCUGAGUGUGUGUAGUCUUUGCUAUCCCAUCAAGGGCAAUGAUAGUGAGUAUGUCCCAUCCAGAACAAAGGAAAACAUCUCCUUCCCUAGUAAGCAAAGCUCUCUGCCCUAUAAGGUCUGCAAGCUCUUUCAUGUGUGUGAAGCCUUUGAUAAAGCCCAUUCCAGUCCCGUAUUAGCCCAUUACCAAUCAGAGAAAAUAACAGUGCUUUUUCACCAUAAUGUGCCUGAGUCGAAAGUUUGCUGGAUUCCCAAUAGAGAGGCCUUUGUUAUAGAGAUUUUUUAAUUCCUUGUAAGCAACAACCUUUUUUUAGAUACAAAAAAAACAUGUUUUUACACAAAUUGCUAAUUAUAUUGUGAAAGAGACCAAAUGUGAGUAAUAAUUAAAAAACAAAAAAAAAACAGUUGUAUUGG